UAUAUUUUAUAAGGUCUCCGACGUUUCCUUCUGGGUGUUACAAACUUCGUGGCAAACUCAAUAUACCCUGCUCAGACGAUAGUGAAAUAAAUGAAACAAAACUUAAAAGUAACUACCUAUAAUUGGCAACAACGUCAGAAUGUUUUUAUUCGCCAUUCACAUCGACAACCCUAAUAGCAAGCAAAACAAUGAAAACGUGAGGUUAGUUUCGAUUACUUUAUUUUGUGGUUUUAAAAGAGGUUUAGAAGUUAAAACAUGAGAGUGAUUUUAAUGUAAGGUAAAUUCAACAUUGACAUAACAGAAAAAAUGGCAGGUCGAGGACGUGGUAAAACUGGCUCACUUACUCAAGAACAAUUGCAGACUUUAGGUUGUAUAGGCAAGGAUAUUCCACAAGUGCAGACGGCACCUCCGCCUACAUUUCCUCCACUUAUGUCUAAGCCGGUUAAACUUGAGACUACAGCGUCACAAAAUUAUCAAAUACUUUGGAGGGAAGCAUAUCUUAAUCAUAUGCGCGAUUCCCCCUAUUUCCUUGCCCCUAAAAUUCCAAAUGCAAAUAGUACUUUACAAAGCUAUUCUGACCAAUGGGCGACCGCGGUUGAAAAUGCUAAAACGAAAACUAAAGCAGAUUUUAUUUGGCAAAUGAUGCCAACUGAAUUACACAUUACACAGAAAAAACGUCGUGUUGUAGGAGGAGAUAAAAUUGUUUCCAAAAAGCCUAGAAAUAUUGAUGAUCGCCUAAAAGUUCUGGAGGAAAAAGAGCGCAAUGAAGACGAAAAAGAUAUCACAAAAGCUUCAUCAGAUUCAGAACACGAAGAGGAGGAAGAACCACCCGCAGACGAAGAGAUGGAUGAUGAAAACGAUUAUGGUAACAGUUAUUUCGACAAUGGUGAAUCAUAUAAUGAAGAAGAUGACAAUCUUGAUGAUGGUCCUGUUUAUUAAACAACUCCUCGUCGGUUACUUUAGACUUAUUUUAAUGCACACCUAUAAUAACCCACAUACUAUAUGGAAUUAAGGAUAUCCAAUUGUCUAGUCAAGCGACUCUGGUGCUUUGCUAUUGAACUCGAUAACUCCUGAUGUCUUCACCUGAUAUAAAAAAGAUAAGUUUAUGCUUCCCAAAUAUAUUGUGUCUACUUACGAAACCAAUAGUGCCCGCUAAGAAAAGAAGUCCACCGAGUAACCACGCAUUGUACUUGGUGUUCUGGCGUGAGUAGUGUUCCUGCCAAUCACCAGCUGGCACGGGCAGAUCAUUCAAUGUACUAUGUUGAUGGUGACCACCAUGGUAUGCUGCGCGCGACAGAGCUCCGGCUAAAAUAAUAUAUUGAAAUAACUCAUUUACUUCGCUAAGAUUUGUUCAGGGAAAUACUUUUCCACUGAUGUAAAAUUUGAGGAAAAGGUUAUGUAAUGACCACUAGGGUUAUUAGAAAUUGAAUUUUUGUUAAAAUAUAUAUUACCGUUUUUAACCAAGAGGCCUUGUUUCAAAAUGUGUUGCACCAACAUAUUUGUAGGCUGAUUUAUUCCUGUUGAAAUAUAAAUAUUAUUAUGUCUAAA